CAUGGUUGGUCGUUCGCUCGCCAGUUCAUUCGCAAGGUUUUAUAUAUUCGUCCGUUCGGCGAGUGGAGCUCAGUUUGGUGCUUAAGCGCGGGGCGUGUAUCUCGUACUCUGGAUUAGCUUGCUAGCUGUUGGUUCGACGCAGUGAAUUAACUGGUUUGGAUAUCGCCCGUUUCGCUGAACCUUAAAUUAGUUUAACAAUUUGUUAUACUGCUGAAGUGAAAAGAAAACUAUUUGCUCAAGAAAGGAGUAUUUAUUAAGCAAAAAAACAAAAUCUGCAUUUUGAAAUACUGAAAAAAUUCUUGCUUUGAAUUAUAAAGCAAACUGCAAUAUUGUGUUGUGCCGAAAGUAAUAUUAGACAUGUUUAAGAAAAUGUCGGUCAAGUGGAAAUCGUUUAAUGGAUUACAAGUGACAGCUGUUCUGUUGGGAGUGCUUGCACUUAUCACGGAUUUACAAACAGUGCAGGCCGUACGCGUGGCUGGACAGCGCGGCAAAGAUCAAGCAACCGCCGGCUCGUUAUAUACACCACGCAUUGCGACCACAUCACCAUUGGAGUCACCAUUCUUCUCCGCCACACAUGGCGUUGUACAGACACAUCCCUCAUUGGGCGCCAGCAUACCCAGUCCACUGCCACUAAAUGGCAACAGCUUGGGCAGCGGUGGUGGUGUGCCCAAUACGCUUAGCGUUGGCAGUGGCUAUCUGAAUUCACGUGGCAAUUUGCCAAAAUUCAAUACCGCACGAUAUCCGACAAUUGCGAACACUGUGGUCGAUCCAAAUCCACAAUCGCCAUUCCGUCAUUUAGAUUUCUCCACUAGUGCUACCGCGGAAUUGAGGCGCAAUCCGACAUUAUCGGCGCCUGAUGAGUGCGCACGUGCCUGUCGCGAGGGUGAACCACCACGUAUCUGCUACUAUCAUUUCACCAUGGAAUUCUACACCGUACUGGGCGCCGCCUGUCAGGUGUGCACACCGAAUGCCACCAACACGGUAUGGAGUCACUGUCAAUGCGUACUUGCCGAUGGUGUUGAACGCGGUAUACUCACGGUGAACCGUAUGAUACCCGGUCCCAGUAUACAGGUGUGUGAGAAUGACAAAGUUGUUAUCGAUGUGGAAAAUCAUAUGGAGGGCAUGGAGACAACGAUACAUUGGCACGGUAUUUGGCAGCGUGGCUCACAAUACUACGAUGGCGUGCCAUUUGUGACACAGUGUCCCAUACAGCAAGGCAACACAUUCAGAUACCAAUGGACCGGCAAUGCUGGCACCCACUUCUGGCAUUCUCAUCAUGGUCUGCAAAAAUUGGACGGUAUUUACGGCAGCAUUGUAGUGCGUCAACCACCAUCACGUGAUCCCAACUCACAUUUGUACGAUUUCGAUUUGACCACACACAUUAUGUUGAUCAGCGAUUGGUUGCAUGAAGAUGCCGCCGAACGUUAUCCCGGCCGUUUGGCUGUCAAUACUGGACAAGAUCCCGAAUCGGUGCUCAUCAACGGCAAGGGUCAAUUCCGUGAUCCCAACACCGGUUUCAUGACAAAUACACCACUCGAAAUAUUCACCAUUACACCGGGACGUCGCUAUCGUUUCCGUAUGAUUAACGCUUUCGCAUCCGUCUGCCCGGCGCAAGUGACAAUUGAGGGUCACACGAUGACAGUGAUUGCCACCGAUGGUGAACCGGUGCAUCCGGUUGAUGUGAACACAAUUAUAUCGUUCUCGGGCGAACGCUAUGACUUCAUUAUCAAUGCCAAUCAACCUGUCGGCGCUUACUGGAUACAGGUGCGCGGUCUGGGUGAAUGUGGCAUUCGUCGCGCUCAACAGUUGGGCAUUUUGCGUUAUGCGCGCGGCCCCUAUCAACCAGCAUCGGCACCACCAACCUACGAUGUCGGCAUACCACAGGGUGUGGUCAUGAACCCCUUAGAUGCCAUCUGCAAUCGGAAACGUAACGAUGCUGUAUGUGUUUCGAAUUUGAAGAAUGCCAAGGCAGUGGACAAAGGUGUUCUGGUGGAACGACCUGAUGUGAAAAUCUUUCUGCCAUUCCGUUUCUUUGUCUACGAUGUGAAGAAUCUCUUUAUAGCCAAUACUUACAACCGCUAUUUAGUUGCGCCCAGCGGUGAUCAUCUAACAUCACUGAUCGAUGAAAUCUCCUACAUCUCACCGCCAUCACCAAUGAUCUCACAGAUGAGCGAUGUGCCACCGGAACUCUUCUGCAACGGUGAUAAUCGCCCCGUAAAUUGCAACAACAAUUGCCAGUGUGUACACAAAGUGGACAUACCAUUGGGCGCAGUCGUGGAAGUAGUGCUCGUCGAUGAAGUACAACAAACCAAUCUCAGUCAUCCGUUCCAUUUGCAUGGUUCAUCGUUUUAUGUUGUCGGUUUGGGACGUUCACCGGACAAUUCAAUUAAGAAGAUCAAUCUGAAACACGCUUUGGAUCUGGAUCGUUUGGGCAUGUUGGAGCGUGAUUUCACCAAGCCGACGCUCAAGGACACCAUCGCUGUGCCGAAUAACGGUUACACGGUGCUACGGUUUCGUGCUAGCAAUCCUGGAGUUUGGCUCUUCCAUUGUCAUUUCCUCUUUCAUGUGGCAAUCGGUAUGAAUUUGGUCUUCCAAAUAGGCACACAGGAGGAUCUGCCGCCGGUGCCGCCCAAUUUUCCACGUUGCGGUGAUCACUUGCCGCCCAUCAAGUACUUCUAAGGGGGGUGCUUUCAGGUGAUGUGUAGCUACAAAGGAAGCACGACAUCGCGUUGCCGUUGUGUGCGUGUGGGCGUGCCAGUUGAAUUCUGUUUUGUUGUAAAUAGCACAAUUUCGCCGAAACCGCACCAGGUCUCUAUUAAUUUAUAUGUACUUGCAACUGUACAACUCUCACUUGCUUAAUCGUAAUUUUUUAGUGAUUUCUACAGCUAUACAUAUAUCUAUGUUUGUAUGUAUUUAGUUAACUUGCUGCAAUGUACCGCUAUUUUGUUACACUUUUUGUGUUAUUCGAAAUUCUUAAAUAUUCGUAAUUUUUGUACUUUUAGCGUAAAUUCUAUCACUCCACAUAUUUAUAUCAAUUGUAGACAUUUUUGUAAUUUAAGUUAUUUGUAUUAUUUGAUUCACUCACUAUAUAUCUAUUUGUAUGUAUAUAUACUAUAUAGUUAAUGUACGAUAUUUAUAUGUAUGUAUGUAUUUACGAUAUUUUGUGUUGCUCAAAGUCACAGCAGUAGCCUAUUUCAUAGUGUUACUUGUAAUUAAAUACUAAAUUAUUGAUUUUUUUUAUUAAAAUAUAAGCAUAAUAAAAUUUCGCAUACUAACUUGUUAAAAAAAAAAUAAUAAAAUACACAAGGCCUUUACAAACGGUAAGUACAAGCUUUGCUCAACAUAGUUAACCUAUAAACCUCUAGUGAAAUCAAUUAGCAUGAAUUAGCGCACGAAUUUUCUUUGAAAUCAUAUUUUUUUAUAAAUAAAAUAUAAAUAAUAAAAUUAUUUUUUAUCAAAAAAGUAAAUACAGUAAUAAAAUAGUGUAAAAAAACAUUUAUUCUCUUACAAAAAAUUUCAAAUUCCAAAAAAACAAAAAAAAAUAAAUAAUAUACAAAAACUCAAAUUUCCACUUUCCCACACACCAACUCUCCACACACAAGCAUACUAAUCGCCCACUUAUCCAUUUUACAGUCGCUUCGGAUGCGGAUCACUUGAUCUCACUGAUCGAUGAAAUUUCCUAUGUCUCAGCACCGUCCGCCAUACUCUCGCAGUACAACGAAAUACCGCAGGAAUACUUUUGCAACAGCGACAAUCGCCCUGCCAGGUGUGGUGAGAA